AAUCCUUUUCACGGGAUUCUGGCCCCCAAGUCCUCUUCUCUUGGUUGCCUGAGUCCGGCCGGAAUGCGAGGCUAAAAUUCCCGCAAAGCUUUUCAUUGGAUUCGCGCUGCUCCUUGCCCAUAGUCUCUUGUACUGUGAAUCAGUGAAAGCAUUAGAAGGAUAGUCUACGACUCUCAUCGGGCGGGACGACGGGAGAUCGUAGGCAAUCUCCAGGGUGUCACAUUCCUGCCUCAUCGCCACUCCUUGACAGUAAUUCGGCCUCCUGGUUUGAGAUCUCUUCCUUUCAUCGCGGCAAUGACCGUGCUUUCGCGCGUCUUGAUCCAUCCCGCUUCAAUGCUUCACGCGGAUAAAGCGUGAGAAACUCUACCCACAGAGAGAAAAGCAGCAGACUUCCAACAACCUGCGUUCUCACAUCAUGAAGUGAUUGCUCCAUAGCCCAGUAGUAGUGGCCCCUAUCUAUCAGAAGCAGCAGUUUGCAAUUUAUCGAGUUUUGCGUUGAUGACCAUCAACAAUCAAUAAGCAAUAUACUUCGUGUAUCAGCGGGCCUAACGGGCAAGUUUUGGAACCCAAGCUGACGAUGUCGAACCGUCAUGCAGCUCACUCCGUUGGCAUCGCACGAGACUGUGCCCCAAUAAUCCACUAUUUAUAAUUUUCGUGCAAUACGCAAUUGUCGAACAAUUUUCUCUUGGUCGAGCGCGUUAAGAAGAAAUGUAUUCUGAGAGCAUACUGUGUAUACAUGUCCAGGGAGAAGCCUGUCAGAUCUCGAGCGAAUUUGCCAAGGGGUGUGUCACGUGAUUUUUGGCCCAACAUGUUCAACUGCCGGGAAUCGCAUGAUUGAAAUGUGCGUACAGACAUCUGGAGAAAGGAAAGUGAUUGAGCUAGAAAUUCUCAAAAAAUCUGUUCUUAGUAUUCAUCCUGUUCAUCUGUCGGUAACAGUCACUGGUGUCACAAGAUCCACAUGUAAACAAGCUGAGAUGCACGAUGACAUAAGCGGCUUCCCUCCAAAGAACCAAGAAUCUCAAGCCAUCUAGCUUCCGCGUACCUGGUCCGUGUAUACAGCUUGGUUUGACGGU